AUGGACCGCUCUCAGAACGUCACGGAGAAGGUCACGCAGGUCCUUUCUUUGGAGUCUGAUGUCCUGCCUGAGUACAAAAUUGAGGUGCCAGAAACAACAUGGUGGAUCUUGCUUCACUACAGCCCCUUCAAGGCAUUUUGGGACUGGAUUAUUCUCCUCCUGGUCCUCUACACAGCUGUUUUCACACCUUACUCAGCCGCCUUCCUCUUGGAUGAGCACGGGGAUAUACGUCAAAGGCGCUGUGGCUACACAUGUAACCCCCUGAAUGUGGCGGACCUUUUGGUGGACGUGCUGUUUAUUGUGGAUAUAGUCAUCAACCUUCGCACAACGUAUGUGGACCACAAUGACGAGGUGGUCACAAAGCCAGGCCGGAUAGCCAAGCACUAUAUCAAAAGCUGGUUCCCUAUUGAUCUGUUCGCAGCCAUCCCUUUUGACCUUCUCAUUUUCAGAUCUGGAUCUGAUGAGGUAAGAACUCUCCUUAAAGGUCUGCUGAAAACAGCUCGGCUGCUGCGACUGGUCCGCGUAGCAAGAAAGCUGGACCGAUAUUCUGAAUAUGGGGCUGCUGUCCUCUUCUUGCUUAUGUGCACCUUUGUGCUCAUCGCCCAUUGGCUUGCCUGCAUUUGGUACGCCAUUGGCUUUGUCGAAAGGCCGUACACGGAGACUGGUUGGCUGGACAACCUGGCCGAACAACUGGGAAAGUCGUACAAUGACAGCGACUCUUCCUCCGGGCCAUCAGUCAAAGACAAGUACGUCACUGCGCUUUACUUCACCUUGAGCAGUCUGACGAGCGUGGGGUUCGGUAAUGUCUCUCCAAACACCAACUCGGAGAAGAUCUUCUCUAUCUGUGUCAUGGUCAUUGGCUCUCUCAUGUAUGCCAGCAUAUUUGGGAAUGUGUCGGCCAUCAUCCAGCGUCUCUACACCGGUACGACUCGCUACCACACCCAGAUGCUGCGAGUCAAAGAGUUCAUCCGAUUUCACCAAAUCCCAGGUUGCCUUCGCCAAAGGCUGGAGGAGUACUUUCAGCAUGCCUGGUCCUACACAAAUGGCAUUGACAUGAAUGCUGUGUUGAAGGGAUUUCCAGAGUCUUUGCAAGCAGACAUCUGCUUGCACUUAAACAGAUCUCUGCUACAGAACAUCAAGGCUUUCCACGGAGGCAGUCAAGCCUGCUUGCGUGCAUUGGGGAUGAGGUUCAAGACAGUCCACGCUCCUCCAGGAGAUGUUCUGAUCCACUACGGAGACAUCCUGGACUCUCUGUUCUUCAUCUCGCGUGGUUCCAUUCAUGUCAUCAGAGAUGACGUGGUGGUUGCCAUAUUAGAAAAGAAUGACGUAUUUGGAGAACCCAUCCACCUGUAUGACGAGCCAGGGAAGUCAAAUUCAGACGUCCAAACCAUCACCUACUGUGAUCUGCACCGCAUCCAGAGGGACGACCUGCUGGAGGUCCUUGACAUCUACCCCAGCUUUGCCGACAACUUCUGGAGGAAUCUGGAGAUAACUUUUGACUUGAGAGAUGCUGAUCAAGCACCACCAAUAAUAACAACUGAUGACUCUGGUGACGACUGUGGUUAUCGCCACAAGCCAAGACACAAAAUGCAUUCCCUGGACUGCCGAAUCAGGCCAGAUGGAAUAGAUCAUGAAGACUCGUACCCGCUCCAGUCCGUCUGUCGUCAUCACUCACCUCCUCAGGACCGCUGGGAUGACCAUUGUAGCUGUGGAUCUCCAUGUUCCCAGUCAAGUGAAGAUCUGGCUAAGCCUCUUGCUCACAGUGCCAAAGUAGAGCUUUACCCUCCGGAUGACGGCAGAAAGGACUACUCGCCUGUAGUGCAGCUGUUAGCCCAGAGCGGCACCUCAGUGGGCAGGGAAGCAGUGUUGGACGUUGGCCAUCAAGCUUCCUCUUUAAAUGUCCCAGGAAUGUACCGAUACUGGCCAGAUCGACAGCCACAACAGUUCUCCAGCCGUGCCUGUCGAUCUUCCUCUGUCCGCAACUCGUACCACCCACCACCCUUCACAGAAGAGAGGCCCAGUGAGCUGGAGUCUCGACUUGAGACUUUACAUUCACAGCUCAACAGACUGGAGACUCGUAUGACAGCCGACAUCAACGUUAUUCUCCAGCUUCUCCAGCGGCAGAUGGCCCCUGUACCUCCUGCUUACAGCACUGUAUCGUCUAGCACCCUCCCCAACAACUCACCCGGCCUGUACGGCACUGGGACACCGGUGCUGCACAGCAUGUACCCUAUUUCCCCCAUACAGAUGGACAGUCGCGCACCCACACAGGUAUAGAAAACACCAGUUAAAACAAAGUCCCAGGAGUCAGUGUCCAGCGGUAUCCAUGUGACUGUGGAAUCAGACGACACCAUCUUCAUGACCGUCACCCCUGAAACUGAGACCCAUACAGGGUUGGCUCAAGGGCCGCCCCAGCCUUCAGUCCAAUCCUCCCUCACGGAGAAUCCCAGACUGUGUGGCAGCCUCCGCUACCCCUCACUGCCGGGAAACCUGGACAUCACCUCAGGGCUGGCUGACAUCCAGAAACACCUCUCAGACCCUGUGCUGCCUGUCAUUUGAAGACCUUCAGUAACUUUUCCUGACUGCCAGCAUGACUUUAAAACUGGCAGUACACUGCUACUUAUAGAGUCUUUUUAUGGACCCAUGUCUGCAAUUCAGGUAUCAUUACACCUUUGGACAUUUUGAGUAAGUCAGUCGACUUCAAGGAUUUCCAUGUAAUAAUGUUCACACCGGACUACAUUAAAUCAGAGAGGAAUACAA